AUGAAUUCAACCAUUUCACAUAAUUCAACAUCAAGCCCUUUAGGUUUAGCACCUGAUACUCAUGGUUCAUUAUAUAAAGUCAUUGGCGUGACAUUAGCCAUAGCAAGUGGCAUGUUUAUUGGUAGUAGUUUUGUAUUUAAAAAGAAAGGAUUAUUGCAAUCAACUGAAAAAACAGGUGGAGUAGCAGGAGAAGGAUACAGCUACCUUAAAUCAACAAUGUGGUGGAGUGGCAUGAUACUGAUGGUGGUGGGUGAAGCAUGUAAUUUUGUUGCAUAUGCGUUUACGCAAGCCAUUUUAGUAACCCCACUAGGAGCACUUAGUGUGGUCAUAUCAGCUGUAUUGUCAUCCAUGUUUUUAAAAGAGAGGCUAUCAUUCCAAGGCAAAGUGGGUUGUUUACAAUGCGUGUUGGGUGCCAUCAUUAUUGUUAUGCAUGCACCGGAACAAGGUGCAGCGGAUAGUUCAAUCGAAACUUUCAAGUCAUUGAUGUUAUCUGUCGGUUUUAUUGUGUAUGCGUUGAUAGCUGUCUGUAUAUCUCUUUUUCUAGUGUUUUAUUGUGGGCCUAGAUGGGGAAAGACGAACAUGUUGGUUUAUAUCUGUAUUUGCUCACUCAUUGGAUCUUUAUCUGUCGUGUUCACUCAAGGCUUGGGCGGUGCAAUCGUGCAUUCAUUCGCUAUCGAAAAUCAAUUUACUCAUUGGUUCGUUUACUUGGUAUUGGCUCUCACCUUGAUCACCUUGGCAGUCGAAAUCAUCUAUUUGAACAAGGCACUCAACAUAUUCAACACAGCUAUUGUCACACCCACCUAUUAUGUUGUUUUCACUACACUCAGUAUCAUCAGUUCGAUCGUUUUCUAUCGUGGAUUUGAUGCUUCACCUGUCAAUAUCGUGACCUGUGUUUUCGGCUUCCUUAUUAUUUGUUCUGGAGUAGCAUUAUUACAGCACUCUCGAAAUGACACUGCAUUGGAUGAUGGAACGAAUCUGAGCGACAUAUCAAAUAAUCCACAAGAGAGAUUGUUAUAUGAAAGCGAAAAGUACUUGACAUCAGACGAGGAUAUUCAUGAAUUAGAAGAGGGACAUGUGAGAACAGUAUCUGGUCGAGAGCAUGGUUCUGCUUGGCAUAGAAGUGGGAAUUCGUUGGAUUAUUCUUUAGAAUCUUCACUUAAAUUUACAGAUGAUAUCAGUUUGGACACAAUACAUCGUUCAACGCCUGAUACAUCAAGAGAUUCUGGUAAAUAG